GUUGUGAACGGAAUCGGACGUGGCUAGCUAAUAUAGUUAGCAGACUAGCGUAAACUCCACAUUAAGUAGUACCAUACCUUAAAACAAACGAUCGCGGUCAUAAUUGGAGCUGCUAAUGAACUGAAACUGGACAGAAAUUUCGGGAUCGAGUGUGUCGUGUUUUAACAUGUUAGCUACUGUUUUCAUGUUGCCUUUCCACUGAUCUCAGUAUUACUCGGCAACAGGACAAUGAGUGCUGCAAAAGAAAUCAAGCAACUUAUGAAAGCCAAAAUCAAAGCUCAAAGCAGCAAGAAUCUGAAGGAGGAAGCCAGUCUCUGCAAUCAGCUCGGAGAGGUUUUAGCCAGGAAUGGUGAUUACAGAGGCGCCAUUGAGGAGCAUCGUCAGGAGUUGGCGCUGUCGGAGGUCUUGCGGGAUGUCAUCGGUUGCGCUGUAGCCAAUCGGAAGAUUGGGGAGUGUUACGCAGAACUCGGAAAUAUCGAAGCUGCUCUCAGGCACCAGAGAAGACAUCUGAACCUAGCGCGCUCUGUGGAUGAUGCGGCAGAAGAGCAAAGAGCUCUGGCCACCAUUGGCCGGACCUAUCUCUUCCUCCAUGACUCUGACCAAUCACAGGACAGCCUGAAGCAUGCAGAGGAUGCUUUCAAGAGGAGCCUAGCCAUAGUGGAUGAACGCCUGGAAGGGACGGUGUCGGUGCAUGAGCGGAGUGAGAUGCGAGCGCGUUUGUUGCUAAAUCUGGGCUUUGUGUGUGAUGGCCUGAAAGACCCUCAGCGCUGCAGUGACUUCAUCCGCCAAAGCAUCUAUAUCUCACAGAAGAACAACCUCUUGGAGGAUCUCUACCGUGCCAACUUCAACCUGGGUAGUAUCCACUUCCGAAACGGGCAGAGCUCCCUGGCCAUUCGCUGCUUUGAGAAAAGCAAAGAGUGUGCACGGAAGAUGAGUGAGAAGUUCAGCGAGAGUGAAUGUUUCUAUACCAUUGGCAAGGUUCUGCUCAGCAUAGGGGAUUUCCUAGCGGCACGGCGCUCUCUGAAGAAGGCCUUCCUCCUGGGCUCUCAACAGCCUGCAGAGAGAGAGGCAGUGAAGAGGGACCUGAGAUACGCGAUCCGUGGCUGUCACCUAGAGGAGGCUAUUUUAGCCCUAAAUAAUAAGGUAUCUCAGGAGACCCUGGGUCUGUCGGAGGAGCUGGGAGACCUGUACUGCAAGGUGGGCUGCUAUAGCAGAGCUCUGGCUGCGUACCACACCCAGUUGUCAUGCGCAGAGGCGUUAGGGAAGCCUGCGAGAGAGCAGGCUGUGAUCCAUGUGUCGCUGGCAGCUACUCACACAGACCUGCGUCAGCACCAGAGAGCUGUGGAGCACUACAGACACGAGCUACAGCUGAGACAGGGAAAUGCCAAAGAGGAAUGUGAGACAUGGCUGAACAUCGCAGGCUGUCAAGAGGAGGAUGGUGAGACCCUGGAAGAAGUUGAAGCCAGUUACACUGCUGCCCUGCGCUGUGCUGAGAGAGCAGCUCAGAGCAAGCCGCAGCUGCAGAGGCGUGUACUGAGGGCAUGGUUGCAGGCCCAGAGGCGGGGCAAAUCUGCAAAUGCCGAUGUCACACAGGCCCGCCUUCAGGAGCUGUGUGAAGCAGAGGGCCCGACACUGGAUGACAGCGAGGAAGAGGAGGGAGAUGAAGCACUUCAGAACAGUGAACCUCUGGACAGUGACAUACAGCUCUCAGAUUCCGAUGAUGACCUGGAGGGUUACGAUAAACUCGUUACUGGCAGGAAGAAAGCUGGCAGGUGGAACCGGCGGAACGAGAAGGGAGAGACGGCGCUCCAUCGAGCCUGCAUCGAUGGAAAUCUGAAACAGGUCCAGUACCUGGUGGAGCAGGGUCAUCCCCUCAACCCCAGAGAUCACUGCGGCUGGACCCCACUGCACGAGGCCUGCAACCAUGGCCACCUCGAGAUCGUAGCCUUGCUGCUGGACAGCGGGGCAAAUAUGAAUGAUUCUGGGGGCGCGCACUGCGAUGGGGUCACGCCUCUUCAUGAUGCCCUCAGCUGCGGUCAUUUCCAGGUGGCAGAGCUGCUGGUGCAAAGAGGGGCUUCAGUCAGUGUUCGAAAUAACAAAGGACAAAAGCCUCUGGACACCCUGAGACAGUGGCUGGGGACAUACAGGAAGGAGCUGGACCGGGAAACCAUGCAAAAGUGCACAGAGACGGAGAAGCUCCUGCAGAGGGCGCUGGCAGAAGGAGUUACAGCGGCAGUUCCUGUGACUCCAGGGCCUCUCCAGGACAGCCAGCUGUUUGACGCUGAGUUUUCGGAGCAGAUGCUGCAGCAGGACGAGCCCAGUCCCACCACCCAGCAUGCUCUGCCAACUAUAUACACCCACCCAGAGGCCAGAACGCCCCCCAGGGGCAGACGAUCCACGGGGCCACGCCUCCAACCCAGGGGGACCGAGCAAGAUGUUCUUUUUAGGGACGACAGUAGCUCCUCUGAGCACUCCGACUGUUCCAUCAGCCCGCUGCGACCCGUGCGGCCAAGACUGCGUUUUCCAGAAGGCCCGCAUUCCCCACAGAAAGUGUGCACUAAUCAGGAGAUGCCCACUCCCCCCGUGGGCAGAGAGACUGCACUACACCCUCAGGCGGUCUCGGGCACAGAGGAGUACCAAAAGGCCAUGCAAAAUUUGGGCAGUGCAAAAACACGCCUUCUCACUCAGACCCUGUCAGAGCCAGUCCUCAAGAGCACACCAGAAGUGUUGUCCAGUCAUGUGUCAGCUCUGGUUCCUGAACAGGAAUAUGUAGCAGAUGAUUGGCUGGAAGAUGAUUUGUGGAUUGCUCAGCCAAAAAAGAAAAGGAAAGUGAGCACUGAGCAGGGGUGGGGACUGGAGAGGGGAACAGCCUCUAAGAGUCACGUCCGAGUGUCUGGAUCAGCUGAACCCUCCGCUAAAGAUCAUUCCUCGUCCAGCAGGGGGCACUCUCUAAAGAAGAGCAGUAAGAUGCGACAGGUGAAAAUGAUUCAGCUGCCUGGCAUGGUGAUGCUGGGCAGGAGAGAGGUCAACAGGUCACCAAGCCCCAGUGUAACGUCUGAAGAUGACCCUCCUCAGGCCGUUCAUGCUCAACCCCGCAGUUCUCGGGCAGCGGCUGCCCCUCACACUACACCAGCUCCUAUGCCUGCACCAAUCAGGAUGAGGGUCAGAGUUCAGAACAAUGUCUUCCUGAUUCCUGUUCCACACAGUGAGGCAGACUCCUGCACAGUGUCCUGGCUGUGUGAGCAAGCUGCUCAGCGUUAUUAUCAGACGUGUGGGCUGCUGCCACACCUCUCCCUGCAGAAAGAGGGCGCUCUUCUCUCACCUUCGGACCUCCUGCUGGCCGUGCUACACACCAAUGAGGAGGUUCUAGCGGAGGUGUCUUCUUGGGAUCUCCCUCCACUGUCCGAGCGCUACAAAAAAGCCUGUAAGAGUUUAGCUGUAGAGCAGAACAUGCGUGUGUUGCGCCUGUGUGAGGUGCAGGACGGCUCUCCGUCUGUGUGUGUAUGUGGUCUCAGUCUGCCUCCAGCAUGUCUGGCUCCUCUUCUGCGUGCCCUCAAACUUCAAGACAGCCUUACGGAGCUCCGCAUCUCUGCCAACCGCCUCAAUGACGAUUUGCUACCCGAGCUCAUCUCUGCAGCAACCACCAUGCCCCGCCUACGGCUUCUUGAUAUCUCAACCAAUCUGAUAACAGGAGAGGGCCUCAAGAAGGCAUCUAACAGCUUAGAGGGCAGCAGUCAGCCACCUUUUCCGUGUCUGGAGGAGCUCAACAUGAGCAUGAAUCCUCUUGGAGAUGGCUGGUCUCAUGCUCUGACCUGUCUUCUUUCAGCCUGCCCAGUGCUGGCCACUCUGUCUCUGCAAGCAUGUGGGCUCACAGCCCGCUUCCUGCAGCAACAUCGCCUCCUGCUGGCCAGCGCUCUUACAGGUCCAGGGUCGUUGAGGUCAGUGUGUUUGUCCCACAAUGCACUGGGCUCCACAGGGUUUGAGCUGGUGUUGAAAACAUUACCACUGCAGUACCUCACACACCUGGAGCUUAAUGCAGUAUGUAAAGGACCCUCAGAGCAGCCUGCUCUGGACCUCCUUACCAAACUCCUAACACAGGGUGACUGUGUCCUCACACACCUAAGCCUGGCUGCGAAUGGCUUGACUGAUCAGAGUGUGCGCUCUCUUGCCAGGUGCCUACCUAUUUGCCCAUCACUGGUGUCUCUGGAUCUGUCUGCUAAUCCCUCUGUGACAUCAGAAGGCCUCUACAGCCUCCUCAGCGCUCUCGGUGAGGCUAAGAGACCUUUGACCCAUCUUAACAUCCAAGGCUGUCAGGUGUGUGGGCCAUGGGACUCUGUGUAUUUGGAUGGUCUCUCUGAGCGUGUGCAAGAUCUGCAGCUGUGUUGUCAGAGACUCAACAAGCUGGAUAAGGAGAUUCUGCAGCGCAGCUGGUCAGGACAUGCCCUGUCCCGCAGUUCUAAAUGUCUGCUCAUCACAGCCCCUGCACCUCAGUGACCCACACCUAAAACUGCCUUUUAGUUGCUCUAGGACUGAAGAACUGAACUGACCCAAAUCUAGGCCAUCCUGGAUGAACUGUGGUUUCUGCUUUGGCCAUUUUCCUAUUUUAUGUAUGAAGGCUCAUCAUUGUAUAUCAUUGUUGUAAUGUACUUCUUUGUUGUUGAGUUUUGUGGUUGUUACUGGAUACAUGCUGAACUUCAGAAACAAUAAAUUCUCUGCCUUGCUUGUACUGAUGAAAAGCAGC